AUGGCCGUGUCCCCCCAACCACCACGCAACGCCUUCGUCGCCCGCGUUCGCAAGAUCUACAACCCGGUCGGCUUCACCCACGGCUACAACUUCAUCCUCUGGUUCGUCUUUGGCGGCGCCCUGCUGGGCUUCUCCCUCGCGCGGCUCCAGUAUCUCGACUUUUACGGCACAUACUGCAAUCCAGACCGCUCCCAGCAGAGCGGCGCCCUGCCGGGGGAAUGCUUCUACUUCCUCCGGCCGUUCUAUAGCGCUGCCGUCAUCCUCCACCUCGCGUGUAUCCUGCCCGCGGCGAUGCUCACCGUGCUGCAGUUUGUGCCAGCCAUUCGCCACAAGCUGCUCAUAUUCCACCGCAUCAACGGCUACAUUAUUCUUCUGCUGUCCCUGGCCGGAGCCGUCGGAGGACUCAUGCUCGCUAGGCGCACUGCUGGUGGUGCAGUUGACGCGCAGGCCAGUAUCGGAGUGCUGGGCGUUGCGUUCGUGCUGGCCUUGACUGCGGCAUACUACAACAUCAAGCGGAUGCGUAUCGAUCUCCAUCGGGCGUGGAUGCUGAGGGCUUGGGCCUGGGCUGGCUCUAUCAUCACGAUGAGGAUCAUCCUCAUCAUCCUCGCCAUUGUCUUGCCGACCACAGACGCGUACUACUCCUCACAGCCCUGCGAAAAGGUGGCAUGGCAGAUGAACAACCCCGAGCUCGUACAAGCCGCCUACCCAGAAUGCGCGGAUUACUUCAACAGCACGGCCGGACCGCAGCAGCAAGAACAGCAGCAAUUGCACGUCAGCGUCCUCGCCGCGUUCAGGGGUGCGCGCAACUCUGCACAGGUCAUGUCUGCGUUCGACUUGUCGUUCGGGAGUGCCAUGUGGCUCGCGCUGGCGAUCCACGCGUUCGGGGUGGAGUUAUAUUUGGCGCUCACCCGCAGCGAAGCAGCUCGGCUGCGGAAAGUGUCGUUGGAACGAAGGGGGAAGAAGGCCUCGAGUGGACCUUCGACGCCGUGA